AUGGACCCGCCGCCGCCGUCGCCGCCGCCGCUGGCCUCCAUCCCCAUCCCCGACGAGCUCCUGGAGGAGAUCCUCCUCCGCCUGCCCACCCCGGACGCGCUCGCCCGCGCCUCCGCCGCCUGCACCUCCUUCCGCCGCGUCAUCAAAGGUCGCGCCUUCCGCCGCCGCCUCCGCACGCUGCACCGUCCUCCCCUCCUCGGCUUCAUGGACGCGGCCGGAUUCCACCCCGCCCAGGCGCCGCACCCCUCCGCCCCGCUCGCCCGCGCCCUCGCCUCCUGCACCGCGGAUUUCUCCUUCGUCCCGGCCGUCGUUUCUUCUUCCUCCUACUUGGUCCCGCCGGGCGUCCAAGACGACGACGGGGAAGGCCCCCGCUGGCGCCCCUGCGACGUCCGCGACGGCCGCGUCCUCCUCGUUUGGACCUCCCUCAUGUUGACCAAACGGGAGCGGUUCAAUGCUGCCAAGCUCCACCUCGCCGUCUGUGACCCCCUGUGCAGCAGAUACGUGCUGCUUCCAACAAUACCUCAGGACCUCGCGGCCCAGCCGCAGGAUCUCCUUCGGGAAUUCCAGCCCGUGCUUGCUCCCUGCACCGGCGACGACGGCCAAGAGGAGCCCUUCAAGGUGAUAUGCAUAGCAAGAUACCAAACGAAGCUGGUCCUCUUUGUGUUCCCCUCUACAACUAUGCGAUGGUGUAUGGCGGAGUCUCCUAUUUUCCCUUCUUUGAAACACAUGUCUUGUUUUGACUGCGUGCGUGGCUGCUUCUACUGGACAGAGCCUUAUGGCUGGAGUGACCAUUUGAUGGUGCUGGACACGCGCACUUUGAGGUUUUCAAUUGUCGAUAACCUCACUGGCUACCAUGCGGAGCUCAGUGAUCUUCCUGACCGGAGCUUUGGUUAUCGUCGCGCAAAUGCCGUUGUUAUGGGCCGAGAAGGAGCCCUUGAGAUGUUUUCUCUUGUGUGUCAACACGGGUCAUUUGCCAUCUACCAUACCUCUCUGCAGAAUAAUUCCCAAGAAUGGAAGCUAGAGAAGAUUAUACAGCUGCCUGGGCAGUAUCAUGACUAUAACAUUUCCACGGUGGGUGCAGCCGAGGGAUUCUUGUUCUUCCGAGGCGCUCCAGAAGGUAUUCAUAUUGGGAAUGUGGAUUCUUACUCAAUGGAGGUCAAGACUUAUGAAAUUACCAAAGUCUGUACGGAGAUGGACAAUAUCUACAAUCCCAGACGUGCCCUCCCAUUCUUUAGCUUCCCACCGCUGUUAUCGGAACCAACUAUCUGA